GGGGUGCCUGUGAAUGAUGAUCUUCUAAAUGGUGAUAAUCAUUGUUGCUUGGACAAUUUUAGUGUGAAAAGCAUGCAACCAUAUGGGGCAAAAACCUUUAAAGAGAGCCCAAGGGUCUCAUUGUCCUGUCCAGUCCCAUUCUCACCCAGGAAAAGCUCUCCCUACAACAAGCUUCCGCAGGUGCCCAUCAAGCUCACUGUUCUUAAAUUGGAUGGAACUAGUUUUGAGAUAUAUGUGAUGAGGAAUGGGACUGUAGCUGAGCUAAAAUUGGGGGUGGAAGCGGCCUUUAGUCAUGUGCCCAAGAAUGGCCCAGACGCAAUCUCAUGGCCACAUGUGUGGGCAAGGUUCUGCUUGAGCUAUGAAGGAGAAAAGCUACUGACUGACAUUGAUUCUAUAGAAAAUUAUGGAAUCAGGGACGGUGAUCAGCUUGAAUUUAUGCGACAUGUUUCCAUUGCUUAUGCUGCAAAGAAGCCCAAGUCAAGUCCAAAAAGAGUGGGCAUUUACUUGGAUGAGCCAAGUGAAUCCAGAGGGAAUGGAGAUAGGAAGUCCAAAUACAAAGAAGAGAAAAAUAAUAUGGGAAAGCUAGCGAGCAAAAGAGUAAGUGUUGCAUGUCACUGCCAAUGCAGACCAAUUAUGUGGCUAAAGAAGUGGUUCUCCUACCACAGAGUUUCUAGAUCUGUGGUGGCGCCGAAGCACCCAUGGAUCAAUUUUCGGAAAGGAUGGAAAAAGGAUGGUUUCCCUCUGUUGGAAAAAUGAUGAACAUGUCUUAAAGAGAAAUUUGGAAAAGCAGAGUGGUAGAAUUUUGUGGAUUUGCACGAGUGCAUCCAAGUUCUGAUGCUGCAUAAAAUCAAUCAUUUUCACACUUUUCUUUUUGAACCAUCUCAAAACUAUCUCCAUUUGGAAAUGCGGUUUAUAUCAUUUUUCACGGUUCAUAUAGUUUUCAUUUUAUUAUUUCAUCGUGCGCAGUCAAGGUAGGUGUUUAUGCGGAAGCUGCCGAUAUACGUGUAUAAAACACAUAAGUGUUACAAAAUGUAUAUGUGGUUAUGAAACGGGAUUAUGUCAUUUAUGUCAUACUCCUUUUUGUGAGAA